AUGUCCAGUUCCCCAAGUGGAAGAAGGUCAUCGCACUACGGAGACGCAUACUCCGCAGGAAACCUUAAUUCAUUCUUCUCUGCCCAUGCAGGACGGAAGGUUUUGGGGCUCACUUUAGUUAUAGGCCUGGCCUUCUACGCAUUUUCGCCAUCUGGUCAUAUCAGCAACCAAGACGUGUCCCACUUCGACAGUUCUAUGUCUGAACCUGCCAACCUUCCCAUCAUGGGAAUGCAUAAGAAUUCGCAUAAAGAAUUGCACAGGAGCAUGUAUAAGAGAACGACAGACGAAGAACAGGACAAAGACGGAAAAGAUUCAGAUACGACCACGGACAAAAAGAGCGAUUCCACUGACCCUACGAGUGCCGGGGGAGCUUCUGGGAAAUGGAAACCACUUACUGCAGCUCAGAAAAAACAUGUAGUUGCCAUCAAGAGCUCUGAGUCUACUGACGAUGCUGCCAUCAAAGCAAUGGAAGCUCUUGGAUUCGACACUCCCCUUGACCCUCCGUCUCCAGUGGAUCUGACUAGGGGUGGCAUCAGACUAGCCAUACCUGUGACCAUUAUCGAUCUCGCUGCCAUGUCUCUAAAGCCGAAACGACUGGAGUACGCUCUCAAGAAAGACAAAGAUGGCGCCGAAAAGAGCAACCCACUUGGUGUUCUGGCUGGUAACACGUACCUCGCAGACCAGAAAGAAACACUUGCCCAAAUGAAGCUAUUGCUUGCGGACGAACGGUUCGAUGCCAAUAAGGAGGAGUUUCCAGACGAUUCAGAUAUGAAGAUGAGACUAGAUAAGUUACUCGGCCGCAAUGGCAGAAACAAGAAGUACACACCAGCAACUCCAUUGGAGAAGGCUUGUGAUGCUUUGUUUGUGGACGCAGUAAAGCUGCUCAUAGAAAAAGGUGCCAAGGUUACACCUAGGGCCAAAAAAGUCCUGGCAAAGUAUGACGACGAGGAAGAGGAGGAAGAUCAAGUCAAGGUAAAGGCAAUCAAGGCCUUAUUGACAUAG